UUUAUCAAAAUAGACGGGUCAUAAACUAAACAACAAAGACAAAGGUCUCAACUCGGUGCAUUUUUUAUGUGAUCUUCAACUGCUCAUGCCCGAUAAUCUGUAGAACUUGGAAAGAAAAACUCUUCCAAGUAUUGAAUGACAAGUUAAACUCACUUUUCAAGUUUACUAACAAGGGGUCACAGUGCCUGUAUAAUAAGACAUACAAAAACGUGUUUGCAUCCGAUGUUAUUUUGAUUCUUAGCUGCAUGUAUGUCUGCCUGUCUAUCAUUUUACGGCCCUGUAUUGCUGGUUUAAUUUGAUGUAGAUGUCAUUUUGUUUUCGUUUUACUUUACAUAUAUUGUUUUGAUAUUCACCCGAUGUAUUUUUUUCAGGCCAGGCUCUAUCUCUUCUUCCCACACCAAUUAAUAGCCAAGAAGGCUAGAAACUAUAUAAAGACUUCUUACUAACUUACAUAAUAUUUCGUCGUAUUGCUCAUGUAAUUGUUGCAUCUUAAAAGAUAACCCUUUUCUUUUUAAUUAUAAAUUAUGAGUUAUCUCUAGCACAAAGCUGAAAAUUUGUGAAGUGUAUUACAAAAAUAUCGUUCUUUUCUUUUUGAUAAAGCGCAAUAUGUACAGGACUUUCGAGAUAUGCACUUUUUGUUGCUAACAGAAGACUCAGCAUUAGAGUUAGAAACGCAUUGUUUGCCUCUUUGAUGAAACAAGAACUUGCAUUCUUCGAUACAGGCAGCAUAGGUGAAAUCACGUCAAGGCUAACUACAGACACUGCAACAAUGAGCACAGCUUUACAGAACAACGUUAUCAGCUUCCUUCGUCACAUGGUCAAACUUGUUAUCACUGUCUUCUUUAUGGUUCGGUUGUCAUGGCGACUGUCUCUUGUGCUAUUUGCCUUUCUUCCGGUUACAGUAAUCAUAUCUACACUUUUUGGGAGAUUUUACAUGCAUAUCUCACACAAAGUACAAACUAGUUUGGCUGAUGCUAAUAAUGUAGCGGCAGAAGUUUUUUCAACAAUGCGAACUGUCCGAAGUUUUGCAAAUGAGGACGGCGAAGUAGAGAGGUAUGCACAGCGGCUAGGAACAUCUUAUAAACUCUACAAGAAACAAGCUCUAUCAUACUCAGCAUAUAACGCUUUCAAUAUAUUCUUUGAUCUAGCGAUGAAAAUAGCAAUCUUAGUUUACGGGCGUUAUAACGUUGAAGAAGAUGCGUUAACAGGCGGACAAUUUCUUGCGUUUGUUCUCUAUCAAUUUCAGAUUGGAAAAUCCUUAAACAUUAUAAGUCAUGUGUACAGCGGGCUGCUGGAGGCGACAGGUGCUUGCAUAAAAAUAUUUAGUUACAUCAACCGCAAACCGAAGAUGAAACAAAACGGUAUUCUGCAAACUAAAAAACUGGCUGGUACCGUAGAAUUCGACAAUGUUUCAUUUUCAUAUCCAUCCAGGCCUCAUGAACAUAUUCUUCGGGGAAUCAGUUUUAAAGUUGAACCUGGGGAGAUUGUGGCGUUGGUUGGUCCGAAUGGUGGUGGAAAAACAUCAUGUAUAAAUUUGUUAGAAGGUUUCUAUCAUCCGUGUGGUGGGCGUGUUCUCUUAGACGGGAUACCUAUUCACUUGUACGAGCACCAUUAUUUACAUAAGCAGAUAUCACUAGUUGAGCAAGAACCAGUCUUAUAUGACAGAUCUAUCGAAGAGAACAUCCGAUAUGGCCUGUCAGACAUCGAAUGCCCAGCUGACAAAAUAAGAGAGACCGCGAGAUUGACCAACUGUGAUACUUUCAUAUCAAGUUUACAGAAAGGAUUUGGUACCUUAACUGGGGAAAAAGGAUUACAGUUAUCUGGCGGUCAGAAGCAGCGAGUGGCGAUUGCGAGAUCACUGGUGCGGAAUCCAAAAGUGCUGAUAUUGGACGAAGCCACAAGUGCUCUGGACACUGAAUCCGAACAAGUCAUUCAGGAGUUAAUAUACAAUAAGAAAGUUACACGAACAGUGUUUAUUAUCGCACAUAGACUCGGUACUGUAGAGAAAGCGGACAAAAUUCUAGUCAUAGAUAAAGGCCGUGUGGUGGAAGAAGGGACACACAGAGAAUUGAUGAUACGGGCUGACGGACUUUAUUCCAGACUCGUAAACUGUCAAUUAAACAAAGAGAGGGAUGAAACCGAAAUUGAUAUUACAGUGUUGUUAUAACAUAAUAAAAUAUACAUUAAGUUAUAAUGUCACUUGAUUAAAACUUCUCAGUAUACCUGAUAGCAUUUUGAAUAUAGAUAUGAUGCAAAAUGGAAAAUGGACUAAUUGCUAGUUUCAUCUUUUAAAUUAUCUAGAUUGCAUUGAAGUAUCUGUUCCCAUUAGCUGUAUCGCUGGA